AUGAGCGAUAGAAACGAAAUCCAGCAUUUUUAUACCCUUCAGUUCCAUGGUGCAUGCAGUGGAAAUCCUGGACCAGCUGGUGCAGGAGCUGUACUGUUUGAUGAACAAGGGAGUUUGCUGUAUCAGUUUCGCCAAGGGCUGGGAUAUGCAACAAACAAUGUUGCUGAGUAUCACGCAUUAAUUUUUGGAAUGCAACAAGCAUUAAUGAAAGAAUGUAAGAACCUCACUGUCCGAGGAGACUCCCAGCUUGUUAUCAAACAGUUUCAAGGUUUAUCUAGAAUUGACAACCCGUAUCUAAGGAGCUUGUGUGAUGAAGCUUUGGAGCUGAGCAAUAACUUUCGCUUAUUUCGCAUCACCUACAUUUCUAGGGUCCAUAACACUCUAGCUGAUGCCCAAGCAAACCUGGCCAUUAAUCUCCAAGAGGGUCAAGUUGAAGAAGAUCGUCUCUAUUAA